AAUGGAUAAAGUCCGAGAAGCCCUUGAUGAUAGCCCGGCACAAAAGGCCGAAGGGCGAGGCGGUGCAGCUCCUACCGCCGCUCAAACAGGAGACCAUAGAGAUCGAGAUGGCCGUAGACAACGAUGCCAACUAUCCUUUGAACUUGAAUAUGAAGACUGCUGUUGACGACGAAAUCUCAGACCCGUACAGAAGCUACCAGGACUUGCCUGCGACCGCCCCUGGGGGAUCACAGGUGGUACCAGAGCACACAGAAGUAAACCUAGGCGUUCUCCACACGUUGCUAACGAGGUCAGACGAGCCUCCACCAAGUGACCAGGCCCUACCACACAUUAACGAUCCACCAGAUAUCAUUAGAGACCCACAACCUCCAAGCCAGGACCUUCACAACCUCGAUGGAGACGUCUCCGAAUACCUUCAGUUACAACUGCACACAAACGUGGAAGAUAGUAUAGCUAGCAACUAUAUCAGCGAAGAUUCAAGUAAAAAUCCAGAGAAAAACGACAUAAACGGCGCGAAUAUACCUGUCAAGAAUUUGUCAAAAAAAGGGUAUUUUAGAAGCGAAGAUUCACAGUCGGAAGCUAAUAGUCAGUCGCCGACGCCUGUGAAAAAGAUUGACAGAGGAAACCAGAAUUUCAAUGACUCGCAGAAAUCGGAGGGAUCGUGCUCGGACGAGCCAUCUAAUGUAAAUAAUGAUAUUAGAAGUAGUAGUACCAGUUAUUUCGUAAAUGAAAACCCAGGGCGGAUAGUAGCGCCACAUGCUUCUAUGGAGGAGAGGCUUCAGAUAGUCGAACUGCACAAGCAAGGCAAGAAUAUCCCCCAAAUAGCUGAUCAGCUUGGAAUGCUCCGUGGCGUGGUGCGUCGCUGGGUGCAGCGCUACUCGGAGUUCGGUCACGUGCGCGACGGAGGCCGACGGCCGCGCGCGCGCCCCGACCCGCGCCGCGCCGAGAAAGUAGUUAAACUGUUCACCGACAAGCCUGACUCCAGGAUCGCCGACGUCGCCAAGAAGUACAAGUGUUCAGCCGGCUGCAUACGCAAGAUCCUGCGGCAGGCCGGCUUCAAACGCCACGUGUUCGGGCCCGAAGAAUGCGCGCGUCGCAGGGCCCGCGCGCGCCGCCGCCGCGCCGAAAGGAAAGACGAUAAUAAAUGAUUCCCCACUA